GUCAGUGAGAGAGCUCAUCAUCUUUGCAUUGCUGUUUGCAGCUAAAGCCGCUUACAAUUUGCCACUCGGUUCUGGUUUAUAAUGUCGUCGCUGCUUUCUUUCUAAAAAAAUCUUUAAAUUCGUUAGGAAACAAUUGGCAAAAGUAAAAUUGUACAGUUUGAUAGAAUAAGGAAUAUUUCCUCUGCUGUUGCUAAAGUGUCGACGAGAAGUACCCAAUACUAUUUUAUUGUUGUGGUGUUAAUUCUGCUCAAGUAAAAGUCAACGCGUGGCUGAACGGCUUUGGUUAUGUGCUAAAUAUUAGUUAUAGCAACCUGUGAUUUUCGAGUGGCAGUUUUGGAUUAUCCUUUUUCAUGGUUGUUUGGAAAAGCUAUGAAAAGCAAAGAUCCUUUUAAACUUUAAAUGGAGCAAUGAAAAGCUUUAUACACUAGCAGAAAUUUACCUCGAAGGCUCUAAUUCAUCGUACCGAAUAUUUGCUGAAAAAUCUGUCAGGAAGAUAUAUUGACCGGCCCAAAGUGGGAAGCGUUGGCAUUAUUUGUACCGCCGCUUUCAUGGAAAAGUAAACGACAAACAGCUGAUAUAACAGAACGUGAGUCUCAAUAAGUACGUACACGGCGAACAAAGCCAGUCUAUCAACUGACUCUGACGUCGUGUAGAAAUAGUAUUAUUUUCUCACUGAUGAGAUUUCGCCCUACAAACUUCGCUUCUCCAUUAAAGUGCUGGAUGUACGCUCUUGACGUUGUCGUCGUCUUUUGGGGAAUGUGCGAAAUGAAUUGACAAUAUUGUACUUAUAGUGGUGUGUGUGUUGUUGCUGUUGAUUUGGCGCCCCGAUCAUCUGUUUUGGCGCAAUUAUAACAACUGGAUCUCUAUGGGAUUUAGAUCAGGAGAUUGUGGGAACCACUUCAAAACAUCCAUCCUGUUAUCAACAAACCACUGUUUUACACAAAUAUCAGUGCGUUUCGAGUCAUUGUUUUGAUAAGUCCAUUUUAAAGAAAUUUCUUCUUCAUCAAUUAAAGAAUUGGAAUACCCGCUCAAGUCAAUAAUGAGUUAUAACAUGAACACAUAUUACAAUAAGGUUGAAAAGAAUCGGAGUAACGAAAUCUGUACUGUAAGUCCUAGUGUACCAACUAGUAGCCAUAAAAACAAAAGUGACCACAAGAGUUAUAAAAUGCAAAAUAACUCAAAGCAUCGUCAAAGUAAAAUUCCAUAUAAUGUAGAAAAUCGUAGAAAAAUUACAUCAACUGAUGAAAAUUCUAAUACAACGCCAAUGUAUGCAACAUCCUCUUGGUUCCAGCCACCAACAACGUCGAAAUCGUUACAACAUAAACACUUGUUAGAGGGCUCACCGUCAAAGUCUACAGUUACGUCAUUGGAAACUGCGGAUAUAUCAGCAAUUGAAGCGUCGUCAACAUCACCAUCAUCGUCUUCCAUAGAUUCGGUGUUGUUACGUGGCUGGUCUCCAGUGCCAACUACAUCUACAGAUACCUCGCACUGGUAUGCUAAAAUUAAUAAUCGUAGGGAAACCAGCAAGCGUAAAAGACAAGAUUCCGUUAAUGAAGCGCAACAUGAUCCCGACUUAGGCUGCGAUUUACCGACGGCUAAGCGCAAGCAAACGCUACCCUCGCCAUAUACAAGUGAUGUAAGUUCUGUGGCGUCAUCGGUGUAUCCAUCGCCAAUUGAUGUGUUCUCUCAUGAAAUCGACACGCGCAGUUCUUGCGACUACCUCUCAGCCGGAACCGACUUUGAGGCCACUGCGGAUUGCAUACCCGACAGUCCAAGCAGUUUACGGCCAGACGAUGAAGCCAUCGACGUGGAGGAUGACGAAAUUGUAUCUGCAACGACAUCACCAUCUUCGGAAUGUUCAACCAGUUGUUUUAAAGGUGCGCAUCAUUUAUAUAAAAUGCACGCCGUCACCCAAUUAGGAGAACGUACCCCUGGACAAAUUACUGAAAACACAGAUAAAAUUGUCGAAACAAAGUUGGUGAAGGCAUACGACGAUGACUAUACAGGUACACCAUAUAAUUGUAUGACACCGGCAGCGGAACCAGAGGAGUUGCGACAAUGUCCCUUACCAGCAUUAAGUUGGGCAAAUGCAUAUGAUGUUUGGCAAUUGAUGUGCAAAAAGGACCAACAAGCAGCCUGCUUACGCUCAGGUUCAAUGUUGGAACGACAUCCCAGCUUACAGCCGCGUAUGCGUGCUAUCCUGCUUGAUUGGUUGAUUGAGGUUUGCGAGGUAUACAAAUUACAUCGCGAAACCUACUACUUGGCAGUGGACUACUUGGACCGCUAUCUAAGUACGCAAAAGAAUGUACAGAAGACUCAUCUGCAGCUGAUUGGCAUAACUUGUCUUUUUGUGGCUGCGAAAGUUGAAGAAAUAUACCCGCCCAAAAUUGGUGAAUUCGCCUAUGUGACGGAUGGCGCAUGCCAGGAAUCAGAUAUAUUGCAACAUGAAGUGCUGCUACUGCAAACGCUCGAAUGGAGUAUAAAUCCAGUUACACCAAUGGGAUGGUUAGGUGUUUACAUGCAAUUAAAUGUGAACAACCGUACUCCGGCGUCGUUUAAGCGUAACACAUACAAAGCCAAAUCAACGGUGACAACGGACGAGGCAUAUAAGAACGAUGCCUUUAUUUACCCGCAAUUUUCAGGAAUGGAAUUUGUACAAACUGCUCAAUUAUUGGACCUAUGCUCACUGGAUUUGGGUAUUGCCGACUAUGGUUAUUCCAUUAUUGCUGCAGCGGCCAUGAGUCACACUUUUAAUAGAGAGAUAGCGUUGCGUUGUUCGGGAUUCGAUUGGCAAACGAUUGAGCCAUGUGCGCGCUGGAUGCGACCUUUUUUCGAAGUUGUACGCGAAGAGUCUACUUACCUGCCCAUGUCGGAACAAAAUGAACAAUUCACAAAUCGUUUCGGUUUAGGUCAUAUAUGCCCCAAUAUUAUAACCGACGACUCGCAUAUAAUACAAACACACACAAUAUCCAUGGGAAUGUUUGAUCGCACUGCACAAUUACAAGAGCUUGCUUUGGCAACUAAGAACCGUACGGAGGCCUCUCCAGCUACUGGUUUAUUAUGCCCAGAUGGUUUGUUGACGCCUCCGGCGUCUAGUCGAAAACCGGUCGAUGUGACAGAUGUCGACGAAGAUCCUGAUCCAACUUCCAUUCAACCGAUAAGCACCACAGUUAAAACAUGUAAAAACUCUAUAACCAAAUCUACAAACUCAGCAAUUGAAGUUGCAGUCAGUGCAGAUAAAAAUGUUCUCACGUAAACCUCAAGUAAAAUAAUACAUAGUAUAUAUAGAAAAACCCUUAUAAAUAAUCUAAUCAAGUAAAUUAUUCAAAAUAUUAUAAAUACCAUAUAUUAUACGUUUAAACGUUUAGCAAAAUUAAAUUCAAAUUAGUCAUUAAUGUAGUAGUCAAAUAAAAUAAUAAAUAAUUUUAAUGUUUAUAAGGCGUAUGUUUAAACUACUAAAAUAACAUGUAAAUAAUAAUUAUAUUAAAACACAUUGAAAGUAAGUUAUUUUGCGAGCUUUUGAUAAUUUUAGGGAUAACUUUGCUUGCAACAUUUUUAGAGAAAAUGAUUAAUGUGCCGUUUUAAGGUGUUAUUGUUCAAAGUAGUUAAAUACUACAAAUUUAUGGUGCAAAGCAAUCUGUUUUUUUUUAAUUGUAGUUAAAUAUAAAUAGAUCUUAAAUGGAUCAUCGCAAUUCAAAAAAUCACUCGUGAAUAAUAAUAAAAAAUAACAUAUACUAGCAUUUCGCUCUAUAUAUAUUAUAUUUCAGGCCAACAUUUCUAUUACUAACACACUAACAUAGUUUGCAUAAGUUGAGGGACUCACAUUUCAUCGCCUUCACCUAUGACUUAUGGUGAUACACUCACUUAUAUAUAUGUAUGCAUCUUUUAAGCAUAUGUUUUAUUAUACGAACGCUAUCCAAAACGUGCAUAUCUUAUAACAACAUAGUCAUAAUUUUAGUGAAGCAUUCCAAAAACAGCAUUCGAUGAGAGAUUUGAAAUUUUUCAUGUUAUAUUUUCGCUUCAUAUUUCAAAAUCAUACGUAUAAAAACACCUUUUCAAAUUUAUGUCAUAUAUAGUUGAUAUUAUGCAACCAUAUUUUGUAAAUCUACACAAGCUAAUAAAAGUGCAUAAAAAAGGCCCAAAUAAAACACUGAA